AUGCAAAAUCUCCACAUUGGGGUCCCUCUCAACGACAACAUCCGACGCAGUGAUCUGCGUAACGCCUCUAUAGCUCGUGAUCUUCCCGCGCACCCUGGCAACCACUCCGAGCUUAAUCUCCGCAGCGAAGUGCUGCGCCGUUUGGGCAAUAAGUCGAACAUCUGCCGGGUUACGGCGCGAAAAGUAGGGGGAAGAGAGCUGGUUGAGCCAAAGGAUGCAGUUGACGCAGCCGGUGCCGUCGUCGAUAGUAAAGCGGAGGAACUUGUUGGGUUUGAGGUCACGGGACGUGACGGUGCCCACUGUCUCGGCGCGGGAAAGGAGAGCGCCAUUGCGAGAGAAGGAAACUGGGUCUGA